GGAGGUGCAGGGUGUGAGCUAAUGGAGACACAGCAUUGCUGCCUGUCAGGGUAGCACGGACCGACCUUAGCUGACUGCUGUGGCUCAGCUGUGUGUGCUCCAGCACUGCUCCCUCCUGCAGGGUCUCAUACUCAGGAAAACUUUCAUUUGAGGACUCUGGCAACUCAUAAUCACAAGUUGUCAUCCUUCUAGGCCUUGCCUGUGGAAGGUUCCUGAGUCAGCUGGAGGACAGCAGUAGCUGAGGUGGAUUAACGCUGGAAUGUAGGCAGGGGCUGGAGCACUUGGGAGCUAUGCUUAGACAGAAAGGGAAAGAGCAGGAUAUGAUCCUCCUCCUGUGCCCGGCCUGGGGGCUCCCCCAGUAGGUGCCACAUCCCCUGAGCGGGCGGCCUGCAAGAGACUUGGGUUUGGAGGCUUUGGCAGGAAACUUGUCCAAUGAGUCUGAGACGCCCAAGCACCAUUAAUUUUGGAGGAAAAAGAUGGAGUAUUGCAUGCUGGGAACAAGUGCUUUCCAAAAGGUACAGCAGCAGCUCAUGAUGCCCCGUAAAGCUUUUCUUUCCCAGAAAGAAAAGCAGGCUCGUGCCAGGGAAAGGGAUAUGUUAAAAAAGAGGAGGAGGCGACAAGACUAUCUCAAAAGAAGCGUGGAACCACAGAAAAAUACUGAAACAAUAAAAUGGCACAGGGAUGAUGAGAAGAGGAGAGAAAAUGAGCAAGUUAAGGACAAAGAUAUCAAGAAGCGGUGGAGACAGGAUGAGAGAGAACGACGAAAGAAUGUGGACGCUAUGAAUUGGCACAGGGAAGAGGAGAAGAGGGAAAAUGAGCGAGAAACUAUGUUCCAACUUCCUGUCAACAACCUUGGCAGUUUAAGAAAGGCCCGGAAAACUGUGAAAAAAAUCCUUAGUGACAUUGGUUUGGAAUACUGUAAAGAACAUAUAGAAGAUUUUAAGCAGUUUGAACCUAAUGACUUUUAUUUGAAAAACACUACAUGGGAGGAUGUCGGACUGUGGGACCCAUCGCUUACGAAAAACCAGGACUAUCGGACAAAGCCCUUUUGCUGCAGUGCAUGUCCAUUCUCCUCGAAGUUCUUUUCAGCCUACAAAAGCCACUUCCGGAAUGUUCACAGCGAAGACUUUGAGAACAGGAUUCUCCUCAACUGUCCCUACUGUACCUUCAACGCGGACAAAAAGACUUUGGAAACGCACAUUAAAAUAUUCCAUGCUCCCAAUGCCAGUACACCAAGUGGAGGCAUCAGCACUUUCAAAGAUAAAAACAAACACGAGAGCCUUAAACCCAAGCAGGCUGACAGUGUGGAACAAGCUGUUUAUUACUGUAAGAAGUGCACUUACCGCGACCCGCUCUACGAGAUCGUUCGAAAGCACAUUUACAGGGAACAUUUUCAGCACGUUGCUGCUCCUUACAUAGCGAAGGGAGGGGAAAAGUCCCUCAAUGGUGCGGUUCCGUUGAGCUCCGGUGCCCGAGAGGAGGGGGGGAUCCACUGCAAACGAUGCCUUUUCAUGCCGAAAUCCUACGAAGCUUUAGUGCAGCACGUGAUCGAAGACCAUGAACGGAUCGGAUACCAGGUCACUGCAAUGAUAGGUCACACUAAUGUCGUGGUUCCAAGGUCUAAACCUUUGAUGCUCAUAGCUCCAAAACCCCAGGAUAAAAAGCCUAUGGGGCUCCCCCAGAGGAUGGGUGCCCUCUCCGCUGGAAGUGUCCGGUCUCUCUCGUCGCAGCAGAUGAUGAACAGACUCACUAUACCAAAGCCUACGUUAAAUUCCACAGGAGUGAAUAUGAUGUCAAAUGUUCACCUACAACAGAACAAUUACGGGGUCAAAUCGGUGCCCCCGAGUUACGUUGGGCAGCCGGGGGGGAGGCUCAGCCUCAGUGGAAACUCACCCGUUUCUCUUUCCCAGCAAUCACAAACCAUGAAACAGUUUUCAGCGAGUGGGAACGGAAGGCCUUACACCCUUGGAGGGGAGCAGAGGUCCCAGGCCUCAGCAAGGUACUCGCUGCAGUCUGCCAACUCCUCCUCGUUGUCCUCGACGCAGCUCAAACAGACCUCGUUGUCCCAGUCACAGGCAGCAACCAGGGCUUUGGGCCAGUCUGGCUCCAAAUCCCCCGUGGCUGCUACAGGUCCUUCCUCUGUCAAUACAUCAUCCACACAGAAGUGGAAAAUCUGUACAAUCUGCAACGAGCUGUUCCCUGAAAACGUGUACAGUGUCCACUUUGAAAAGGAGCACAAGGCUGAGAAGGUGCCUGCAGUCGCCAACUACAUAAUGAAGAUCCACAACUUCACUAGCAAAUGUCUCUACUGUAACCGCUACCUGCCCACCGACACGCUGCUCAACCACAUGCUGAUCCACGGCCUGUCCUGCCCCUACUGCCGCUCCACCUUCAACGACGUGGAGAAGAUGGCUGCUCACAUGAGAAUGGUUCACGUGGACGAAGAAAUGGGACCUAAGACUGAUUCCACUCUAACCUUUGAUUUGACGUUGCAGCAGGGUGGUCACACGAACAUACAUCUCCUUGUAACCACCUACAACCUGCGAGAUGCUCCCGCUGAAUCCGUAGCUUACCAUGCUCAGAACACUCCCCCCAUUCCGCCAAAACCACAGCCCAAAAUCCAGGAGAAGUCUGACGUACCCGUCAAAAGUUCUCCACAAGCAGCAGUGCCCUACAAAAAAGAUGUGGGGAAAACUCUGUGUCCUCUGUGCUUUUCAAUCCUGAAAGGACCCAUCUCUGAUGCUCUUGCACAUCACCUACGGGAGAGGCAUCAGGUGAUCCAGACGGUUCACCCCGUGGAGAAGAAGCUGACCUACAAGUGCAUCCACUGCCUCGGGGUGUACACGAGUAACAUGACGGCCUCGACCAUAACGCUGCACCUGGUGCACUGCAGAGGGGUGGGCAAGACCCAGAACGGGCAGGACAAGGGCACGUCCCGGCUCGGCCAGUCCCCAGCUGUGGCGCCGGUGAAACGCACCUACGAGCACGUGGAGUUCCCACUCAUGAAGAAAAGGAAAAUGGAUGAUGAGGACUCCCCCUCUGGCUUUGAGGAGAAGCCUGAAGAACCCGUAGUUCUCGCGCUGGACCCCAAGGGCCACGAAGAUGAUUCCUAUGAAGCCAGGAAGACGUUUCUUACAAAAUAUUUCAAUAAGCAACCCUACCCCACGAGGAGAGAGAUCGAAAAGCUGGCGGCCAGUUUGUGGCUCUGGAAAUCUGAUAUCGCUUCUCACUUCAGUAACAAAAGGAAGAAAUGUGUUCGGGACUGUGAGAAGUACAAACCCGGGGUGCUGCUCGGCUUCAACAUGAAAGAGCUCAACAAAGUCAAACACGAAAUGGAUUUUGAUGCUGAAUGGCUGUUCGAAAACCACGAUGAAAAGAACUCCAGAGUCAACGCCAGUAAGACUGUUGAUAAAAAAAUCAACCUAGAAAAAGACAAUGAGAGUUCCUCAGACAGCUAUGAAAAUAUCGAGGAGGAAUACAACGAAAGCCGUAGUCCCUUUGGUCAGCGCAUCUCUGACGUUGGUGGGAAACCCACAUCUGAUGGCACAGUGGAGAACCCCGAGGACAGCAUAUCCAAGGAAAUCAUGGAAGAAAAUGCAUUACAGUCUCCAGAGAAGCCUGAUCAAAAACAAGAGGAAAGCUCUAAAUAUGAAGAGAUUAUUUCUGCUGAAGAACCAACAAAACUGGUAGGGGACAUUUCGGAUAGCGAAGGUGAUCAGGAUGAUGCUGUGGAAUGGAAAGAUGGAGCUUCCCAGUCUGAAAGCGGGCCUGGUUCCCAGCAGGUCUCGGAUUUUGAAGAUAAUACAUCGGAAGUAAAACCAGAAGUGUGGACAGAUGAAUCCUCCCAAAGUGAAGAUGCUGGGAGCAGUAAACCAGCUGUCGAGGCCAAAGGGGGCGGAUCCGAAAGUGAUGAAGAACAGUCAAAGUGGAAGAAUCGUUCCUAUGGAAAAGUAGAAGAGUUUUGGUCUAAGGACCAGUCGCAAUGGAAGAACACAUCGGAGAUGGAGGAGAGCCUGUCCAGUCAGCAGAUGGAGUGGCAGAGCAGCGCCAUGGACAGCGAGGACGGGGAGCCCUUCGUGGGCGUGGCGGCCGCCGUGGCCGAGCCCAUGCACGGCAGCCUGCCCGGAGUGGAGCUGAGCAGCCAGCAGGCGUGAGCGGCCCGGGCACGGCCUGGCAUCGGCCUGGCAUCGGCCUGGCAUCGGCCUGCACUGCCCCACACCCCCUGCAGUGGGACUGCGCAGCUUCACCCAGCUGGGACUGCUCCCAGGGCUCGGCCUGGCCUGGGGUGGCCACUGCCGGCCCAGUGGGCCCGGACGGAUGCUCUUGGCUGCUCUGGCUUGAGAAUUCCUGCUGGGAUGAGCACAGUAACUUAAUGUGAAACGGAUAUGCUGGUGGCUCCAGAAUGCACACAGAGAAAAGCAGAGGUUUAUUUUAUCUGCAUUUCCAACCUUUAUUCACCUUGUCCAUGUUGAGUUGUGUCUUUCCAACAUGCCCCUCUCGGCGGCGCGGCCGCGACCCGGUGCACCUGUAUAGCAGACUCUGGGGAAAUGGACUUUUCAUGUAUCAUUCUGAAUAGUUGAAAUGUAUAUUUGUACAGUCUUUUAGACCUACUCAAGUGAAGCUUAUGGAACUGUUUUUGUGUACCCAUCAUAGAUCUGUUUCUCUUUUUUAGUGUUGCCCUGCUGUGUAAUAAAUGCUGUAUCUAGUUUCCCUAGCAAAGCUUGAGACUGCUCUAGUAUGAAUUUUGACAAACUUAGUUUUUGCACAUAACCUUGUACAAUCUCCAACCAGAGGCCAGCAACAUAAAAAUAUAUCUGGGCUCUGUUGUAUUAUAGAAUUUUCUUGUUCUGAAUAUCCUUGACAUGACAACUGAUGACAAACGUAUUUCAGAGCCAUUUUCUGAAAUCUUUUAAGCUAAAAAAGAAAAAUCACAUGCAAGAAACAAGUUUGCAGCUACUAAUUUUGACACCUUUUAGAUCUGUAUAAAAGUGUAUUGUGUUGAAGCAGCACACUGAGACAAAGUGCUGGGUUUGGAUAUUUAGUUUUAUCUUUAGUUAACACCAACAAGGUGUAUUCAUUUAUACCAUCUAAUAUAUGACACACUGUUGUAGUAUGUAUAAUUUUGUGAUCUUUAUUUCCCUUUGUAUUCUUCAUUUAAGCAUCUAAAUAAAUUGCUGUAUUGUGCUUAAUGUAAA